AUUUUUUUAUAUAAAAUCUUCACCGGAAAAGUGCAACACCGAAUAAACAUGCCGCCUUACGAGAUGUCCUUGAUUCUUAAAACUUUGCAAAGGCCUGAGCUGGUACAGGCACUAAAAAGAACCUGUGAAGCAGUCCUUACAAGAGGAGGUGUGAUUCGAAAAAUGGAGAACUUAGGCCAUAGGACCCUGCCUUACAGAAUGACUGCACAUGGUAAAAAACAUGCAGAUGGCAAUUACUUCUUGGUGCAGCUUGAUGCUCCAACUAACAUUCUGCCUGAUGUAAAAGAUGAACUGCAACGUGAUCUUGACGUAAUACGUCACACCUGUGUCCGAUCAGAUUACACUUUCCCUCGUCCUUGUCUGACAGGACCUUGCACGUUUGGUGAGCUUCCUAAUCCAGAUCAUGAGCGUCGUGUCUGGAAAAUGAAGGUGCAGAAAAAACUUCAUCUUACCAAACAUGAUGAGAGAAAGGCUCGAAAUAAAUCUUCCUAGUUUCAAGAGGAAAGUCUGUGUAUGGGCUUCUGGACGUGUAUAUAAGGGCAUUCUUUGUCAGGAUGUUUGCGGAUCUAUAGUGACCACAUGGAGCUUGUUGGUCAAUUUUGUUUUAAUCUUGUUAACAAGUCUAUAUGUAAGAUUGCUUGCCUUGUGAUGUAGGUUUAUUGGAGUUAAAUGUUUGCAAAAAAAGAGGAUUUUUUUGUAAAACUGAUUGAUAUUUUCAUGUAUUUGUGUGUGUUUGGUCUUUACUCACUGUAGUUGUUAUGUACAAAAAAAUAUUGUCAUGUGGUGUAAUAUGAAAUAAACUGUUUAAAAAAGUUGGU